AUGGCAUCUCACGAAUCGGAAGCAAAUGAAAGCGAGGAUGUAGAUAUGUCCGAAGUUGUCGACGGUUCUAAGGACAAAAAAAGAAGAGCCAAGAAAAAGAAAAAGAAGAUUGUCACAAACGCUACUCCCGAUGCCAUGGAGUUAGCUGAGAACGAAGAUGGCGAUGAACUCGAAGGUGACGAAGAAGAUACUGGAGAACCUAGCGUCUAUAUUCCCGGUCAGUCCCGACCGUUAAUGGAAGAUGAGAUGCUCGUAAUGGACAAGUCUGCCUAUCGUCUGUUCCACGAAUUUCAACUUGAAUCGGCGAGUUUGAGCUUUGAUGUUCUGCUGGACAAUUUGGGAAAUGAUCGGCCGGUUGAUUUGAAUGGUCCACCAAUUAGUGCCUGUCUCAUAGCCGGCACACAAGCUUGUCGUGGAAAGAAGAACCAUUUGGUCGUGCUACGGUUGAGCAACAUGUUACCUUUUCAUAAGAAAAAUACCGAGGGAGAUGACGAAGAUGAAUCGGACGAUGAAAGUUCCGAUGAGGAUGAUGAAAAUUUGGACGCACAACCGGAACUGGAAGCGGCUACCAUUGAGCACAGUGGCACAGUGAAUCGUGUACGAGGUCACCAACAUGCGGGACGGUAUUUCGCGGCUUCGUGGUCGGAAUUGGGGAAGGUAAAAAUAACUUUGGGAACCAAUAAUUCACUUCUUCCUGCUUUGACAAGCGUUUUGUCACCGUUAUCAUGCAUUUAA